AUGAUGCUAGACGAGAAUGGAGGCGGAAUGGCCGGCAAUGAUCUCCGGACGCUCAUUGAGUCCCGCAUUCCGGAGCAUCGAGCCAACCUGGAGACGAGUCACGUCAAUCUCGAGAACGUCGCCGUCUACUGCGAGGCCAGAUACCUGAAUGCUUCCGAUCGAAACGCGGCGUUCGAGGAGACGAAGCAGUUCGCAUUGCAGUCUCUCGCCAGUGUCGCGUACCAAAUAAAUACUCUUGCAAGAGACCUUUUGGACAUGUUGGAUCUACAAACCGAUAAGAUUUCAAAUCUUACCGCUCAAGUGGAGAACAUCGAUGUGGUUGUUAAUAUUCAUAAAGAAAAGCUUUCACGACGAGAGAUUGGCGCACUUACAACAAAUAAGUCGAUUCAGAAACAACCUAAGAUUAUUGCACCUGCUAUUCAGGUGAGAUAUUGUGCUUGUAACACAUUCACAUCGCUACGUAUUGCCUUGGAGGCCCAUAUGGCGAAAAGUAAACUGCGUGUAUUUUGA